UGCGCAGCUCGCACAUGGUGGGCAGGGAGAUCGAGAUGCUGGAUUCCUACGACGAUCUCAAGGUCGGCACGUAUGCCCAAGUGAAGGCCGUGAUGUACGUCAACGACCAGGAGGUGAUGAUGGUCAACCGGACGCUGCUGCCCGUGCGUUUGCUGGGGAAGGCCUGGCGCUUCUCCAGGCGCCCAGCCGAGGCGACGGAGGCCGACGCGGAGGCCGACGCGGAGGUCACCGCCGCGGGGACUGCGGCAGGCGCCUCGGAGGUGGCCAGCGCCGUGGAGAGUUUCCUGGCCCGCUUCCCCGUGGACGACGAGGCGAAGGAGAUGCUGCGCGAGGCCGCGCCCGACGUCCAGGCCGCCGUGCUCGGGCACCUGGGCCCCCUCGUGGGCGCAGCAGCCCCGGCCGUCGAGCGGGGCGCGCCCGGGGAGGAAGCCAGCGGCGGCUCCCAGGUGCCGCCGGCUGCGGCGGCGCCAGCUGCGCCGCCUCUGCCCGCUGGGGGCGCGCCGGAGGAGGCGCUGCUAGGCCCCAGGUGCGUUAUGAUGGAGGGCGGGGAGCUCGCGGCCUGCGGCGAGGUGGUCGAGCGGCUGCUCGGCGAUCAGGUCGUGGCCCUGAGCGUGGAGGGGGACCUGAGCAGAGCCGGGCGGGUGUCCGUGCUGGCGGUGAGCUGCAGGCGC